AUGGAAGACAUUGAAAGUAAUCCUGAUAUAAUAGAAGCUGACCUGGAUAUAACUCCUGUAAUGUCUUCAGAUUAUCAAAUUGAAGUGGAUGAAUCGAAAGAUAAAUUAGGUGAAUUACCAAGGAAUAAUAAUAAGAUUAAGACUAAAUAUAUCACGCAUAAUUACUCGGAAAACCCAAACUCUCCAAUAAUAUUUGAAAGGUUAACUGAUUCAGUUACGUCUCUUGAUAAGACGCCAAAAGAUGAACGUUCGUCUUUUGAUACUAAAUCGGAAUCUAAUAUUAUAAAAGACUUUACCAUAAUAGCUUGUUCGCCUGGAAAUAAAUUUAUUGCUGGUUGGUGUAAUGAUGAUGGAAUUUUGGCGGUUUGUUUCAAUAAAUCAAAUACUCAAGAUUCUGAAAUUUUUCUCUCGGUUUCUGAGGAUGGAAAUUUUGUUGCCAUCUCAAGAAUGAAAAUUAUUUCUGUUGCUGAUACAGAAUCACCAGACAUGGAUUCCGAACGAAACUUGGGUUUAAAUAUGCCAGACACUGUAAAAUUUAUUUCAACUCCUCAAACAUCUUUUACUGUUUAUUCAACUUCCCCAAAUUCUCCUCGUAAUUAUACUGGCUUAAUUGAUCUUGAAACUAUUGAAAUAUUAGGUCCUUUAAUAUUUAUUCAUGGUUCAAGAUUUGUUAUUUUUACCAGACAUAAUUUAUACAUAUUCUCCACAAUACUUGGAAUACCUAUUUAUAGUGUUUACUUGGGUUUAUUAAUUAAAUCCGUUCCUGAAUAUAAUCAUGAUGAUAAUUUAUUUUUAAUAGAUUGUUAUAAAAUGCUUUCAACUAGUUUAAAAACUGGCUUGGGUUACAUGCUUUGGCAAGAAAAUAGUGGUCUAAGUGUUUGGGAUUCGAAUGGUGUAUUAAAACAAUGGUUUUAUGUGGAUCCAAAAAACUCUUCACCUAAAGAUAGUCUUUAUGCCAUUUCUGAAUCUAGUGAAUUGGUGGCAAG